AAGGCAGUGGGGGAGAGUCCGGGAGAGCAGUUGGGUUGCUGUGAUAAGCUCCUUUCCCUAGUUCUGCUGCCCACAGACAGUGGGGUGCUCCCUCCGACCAUGGGGAGGCUGGCUGUCCUGUUUUGGCUCUGUGUGGUCAUCCCAGGCACUGAACAAACCAAAUCCUAUUUAAUCACUGCUCCCAACAUUAUCCACGUUGGGGUGAAGGAGAGUGUCACCGUACAGCUGGAUGGAGUUGAUCACAUCAUCAAUAUCAAGGUCUAUCUGCUCGAUGUAAUAUCGGGGAAAAAAAUUUCAGAGGACGUGGAAUUUUCUCUGUCAGUGGAGAAUAAUUACCAGCAGAUUAAAGACAUUGUUGCUCUCCCGCAUCUCACCAAACAGCUGAACAUUUGGCUCCGUAAGGAUAAGUACAUCUCGCUGGUGGCCGAGUGUCCGGAGCUCUUCGCGACCAGGAGAAUGAUUCCUGUCCUCCUCGGUACAAGAAAGGGUUAUAUAUUCAUUCAGACCGACAAGCCGAUAUACACCCCUGACGAGGACGUGCGUUACAGGAUCUACACUCUGGACAACUACAUGAGACCAGUGAACGAGAAUAUCAGGGUUACCAUAUACAAUUCCAAGAACAUACAGUUCCCCAGCUUGCUGAUUCAAUCCAGGAAGGUGUUAGCUCGGACGUUCAAAAUCCCGGACGUCACAGAGCCAGGGAAUUGGCGGAUUGAAGCAGAAUUCGAUGAGGCACCAAUGUCCAAAGUGUCCACCGAAUUUGAAGUCAAAGAAUUUGUUCUGCCCAGUUUCAAAGUCGAACUGCUGUCAGAAGAAAUGUAUUACCUGAUUUCAAGAGAAACUUUCGACUUCAAGAUCUCAGCAAGGCAUACAUAUGGAAAGCCUGUGAACGGAAUGGCGUAUGUAAGAUUCACUAUUAUUGAUGGAAAAGAGAAGAAAACGUAUCUCCAGGGACUGGAGAAACAACUUCAGAUCGAGGAAGGAGAGGCGAUAUUUUCUCUGCAAAGCCAAAAGAUAUUGGAAAAACUGAAAUGUUUGGAAAAACUGAAAUGUUUGGAAAGCAUGGACGAGCUUGUGGGACACCGCCUUAGUGUGGCAGUGACAGUCUUUGAAACAUCCAGUGGAGAGAUGGAGGAACUGGAGGUCAGCACCAUCAAGUUCGUGUCCUCUCCCUAUGUUAUCGACUUGUCAAGGACGAGCAGCUAUUUCACACCACAGCUCUCGUUCAGGGUGCUGGUCCGGGUGACUUAUCCUGACGGAUCUCCCGCCGGCGGUGUUCCGGUCCAGUUGGAAGGAGAAGAGGAAAAGACCAGAACACAAGAUGAUGGACAGGCUUUGCUGACAGUUUCACCUCCAUCGAAUACAGAGUCUUUUGAGAUCAAGGUUCUCGCUGGGGAUGGGAAGGUGAGGGGACAAGUCAGUGAAGCACAGAAGACCAUUCACAUCUACCGGUCGAAGAGCAAGAGCUACCUCCACGUCAUGACACCACACAAUGUGCUUGAGCCCGACAGAUCGUUCUCUGCAGAUAUCAGCGCCAUCACUGCCGCGAGGGCUGGGAACAUCAAGUACUAUUAUUAUCUGAUUAUAAACAAAGGCAAGGUGCUUCUAGUGGGCCGCAUUGCGAAAUCUCAGCUGACCAAACUCACCCUCCCAUUGAGCUUGGAAAUGGUCCCCUCCUUCCGCCUCGUCCUGUACUACUACAUCGACGUCGGGGGCAAGACAGAGAUGGUGGCAAAUUCUGCGUGGAUUGACGUGAAGGACGUUUGUGAGGCAGAGAUUACAAUCCAAGAUAUGCUCGAAGAUUAUUUGCCAGGAUCCUCCACAGAACUGAAUAUUCAAAUGGGAGACAACGGGAAGGUGUGCCUGGCUGUAGUGGACAGUGCAAUCUACAUCCUCAACAACAAGAAUAAACUUACACAAAACAAGGUCUUUGAACAGAUGAACGCCUACGACCUGGGCUGCACCUUUGGAGGAGGGGCAGACAGCGUUCAUGUUUUCAUGGAUGCCGGACUGACUUUUCUUUCCAGCGUCGACACCUCUAAGCUUCGAGAUGGAUAUUCCUGCAAAACAGACAGCAAGAGGACGAAAAGGUCACUUGAGAUCCAAGCGCAGUACAUGGGAAAAUUGAGCCACUACACCAACAGCAAAGAGCAGAAGUGCUGUUUGGAUGGCAUCAGCUUGAUCCCAAUGAAGAGGAGCUGUGAGGAGCGGGCAAAGAGGGUGAAGGAGGAGGAUUGUCGGAGAGCUUUCCUCGACUGCUGCGAGUACGCGGUCGCACUGAGGAAGAACCAGUCCUCUACGACGGAUGUGGUGGGCAGAACGUCGGGGAGUGAGGAGGACGACUUUUUUGAUGAGACCCAGGUCCGUAUUCGCAGUUUGUUCCCACACAGCUGGCUUUGGAGGACGUCUCAGGGCAUGGUCAAAGGGAACAACAGGGUGAGAAUUGACAUUCCCGAUUCCAUAACCACCUGGGAAAUUCAAGCCGUUGGCCUGUUUGAGAAUAAAGGUUUCUGUGUCGCGGAACCUAAGCCAUUGAAAGUUUUCCGGAAGGUGUUCAUAUCUUUACGGCUGCCGUACUCUGUGAAAAGAAACGAACAAUUGGAAGUGAGAGCGAUAUUGUACAAUUAUCUCGACACUCCACUUGAGCUGAAAGUGUACAUGAAACCCGUCGAUGUUCUUUGUAGCCCCGCCACGGGUGACAAGAACGUAAGGAAGGUGACCGUCAAAGCGAACUCCGGCUAUCCCAUUUAUUUCUCCGUUGUCCCCCUGGCUAUCGGCAACAUCCCAAUCACCAUCAUUGCCUACAACAACGACCUGUUCAUAAAUGACGCUGUCACGAAAAUCCUCAAAGUGCUGGGAGAAGGUGUCAUGAAGACUGAAGAGAAAAGUAUCUUUGUUAAUCCCAAAGUGAGGAGCUCCUAUCAGAUUUUUGAAGAAUUACCAACCAACAUGGUCCCGGACACUGACUCCUACCUUUACAUUCGAGCCAGAGGCGAAGUGCUGGGGGAAAUGGUGGACAGCUCCUUGGAUCCAAAGGCAAUUGACCAGCUCAUCCAAUUGCCAACGGGCUGCGCCGAGCAAACAACAAGCCGCAUGGCGCCCGCUGUGUUCGCUCUCAACUACCUGGACAAGAGCGAGCAGUGGCUCCCCCUGAAAGCCGAGCGGAAGGACGAAGCUCUGCGACACGUCGACUCAGGAUACAAGCGGAUUCUGGAAUUUAAGAAGCCGGAUGGUUCGUACGCCGGAUGGAGUCGUAAUUCCGGCAGUACCUGGUUGACAGCAUUUGUUGCGAAGAUACUCUCAAUAGUUCAGACGCAGAUCGCUGUGCGGACUGAACACAUUCAAGAAUCCGCCUUGUACUUGGUGAGAGGUCAGGAUGACACCGGGUACUUCAUGGAUCUUCACCCAGUGUCCAACCGACAAAUGCAGGGUGGAGUCGGCAGAGCAGGAAACAGAGUUCCCGUGACAGCUUUUAUCACCAUCGCGCUGGUGAAUUCUCUGCCGUCCUUUAUGGACAACCCUGGUGAAAAGCGACAAGUGGAAGAUGGCAUCAGGAAGGCAGCAAAGUACCUCUUUGACGAAAUUGAGGAUAUUAAGAGACCGUACGCACUGGCCAUCACCUCCUACGCUCUCGCCCUGGUCAACCCGACUAGCUCUGAGGCAAAGGUGGCAUUUGCCAAGCUGAUGGAAUUGGAAACUUAUGACAAAGAAACCGAUUCUCGCUACUGGAAGGUCAAUCCAAGAGUAGAUCGAGCACCACAGGCGUCAGCUAUGGAGGUGGAGACCACGGCCUACGCACUGCUCGCGGCCGUACGCAUGGAGGAACUCCAUUAUGCCAACGCUAUUGUGAAAUGGUUAACGGAACAACGGAACUACGGUGGUGGAUUCCGUUCCACCCAGGAUACGGUGGUUGCCCUGGAGGCUCUGUCUGCGUACAGUAUUGCGACCUUUCAGCCACAAGAGAUCGACAUGCAGUUUACAUUCAGUAGCCCUGGGAGAAGUGGCAAGAAAAUACUCAAGUUGCAGAGGAGUAACGCACUGAUUCAGGAUGAGCUAAAGUUCCCGCUGGGCGACAACAUUAACAUCGAGCUCUCCGGCUCAGGCAAUGGGACACUCACGAUUCUGAAAUCGUACCAGGUUUUGGAAGAGACCAGCAAUACCUGCGGACAUUUACGGCUGGAAGUAUCGGUCCGAGGCAAGGUGGAAUACGCAGCUCAAGAGGAUUACUUAGACUACGGAGAUAACGGGGAAGGCUUGGCAGCGGAUCAACCAGUCAGUGGGAUCGGCUGGUUCGACCUCCGAUCCCGGAGAAGGAGGCAGGCCCCAGCUGCGGAUAAUGCCGAGAUCCUUUAUUACGAAAUCUGCUUCUGGCACGUGGCUGAUGGAGCCAAUGGUCAGGAACCCUCAGGAAUGGCGAUCGUGGACAUCUCCUUGCUCAGUGGAUUUGAGCCUGAUGAUAGGGACCUGCACAAGUUAUCACAACUUGUGGAUCGGUACAUCGAUCACUAUGAAUCCAAAGAUGGAAGAGUGCUGCUUUACCUUGAAUCGGUCACUAAAGACAAACAAUGUGUGGGCUUUGGCGCAAAGCAAAUAAUUCCCAUCGGAUUGAUCCAACCGGCAAGCGCCACACUUUAUGACUACUACAACCCGAGUUCCAGCUGCACCGUGUUUUACAACGCUCCGGAACAAAGCACCGUGGUGUCCAAACUCUGCCAGAAUGAGGUCUGUGAGUGCGCUGAAGGACGCUGUCCUCGAGCAAUGAGGACCUUCUCCAAGGAUGUGGAAGGCAACGCCAGGAAGGACUUCGCCUGCUACAGCCCGAUCAUCGAUUACGCCUAUAUAGUCACGGUGUCCUCUGCAAAGGUAACAGGAGCCUUCAACGUCUAUACAGUCUCAAUUUCCAGAGUCAUCAAAGUGUUGACCGAUGAACUUAUCGCUGCCUCUGCCCAGCGGAAUUUUCUGAAGCGUCUUUCCUGUCAGCUGGAGCUGAGAUUGGGGAAACCUACCUCUUAAUGGGGGAAGGAUGGAAGACGAAGGAUUCAAACAGAAAUAUGCAGUACAUUCUCGACGCUGAAUCCUGGAUUGAAGAGGUCCCACCCCAGGAGAAAUGUCAGAGCUCGAGAUACCGCAGAAAUUGUGAGGACUUUCACAGAUUCCUUUCCGAUCUUGAACUGGAAGGAUGCCAGGUAUAAGUGUUGGAACCUCUGCUGCCCCCUGUUGCUUCAAGGGCUGUAUUCUGUGGAAUAAAUGACUCAACUAUUCAAUAACAAUCUGCCAGCACAAACAGUGAUUAAAUGUUUGAUCAAUAUGUUGAA